AUGGGUUUUGUGAGAAUCAUGAACAAUUCUGAAAAAAUGAAUUUGCUCUUUUAUCGAGACUACAAUAAAUCAUAUAUAAAAACGAAAUCAUGGUUUACUUUAAAUAAAUCAGAAACUAUGCAAACAUCAAAAGGAAAAAAAGUCGAAUAGAUGCCCAUUAAUUCAACUAAUUCUUGGAAAAAGGAAUUCCAUAGGCUUAUCAUCUACUAAAACUAAAUUAGAAGAUUAAAAUACAACUAUUACUUAGAAAACUUAAAACAUAACUAAGUAAAUCUAAAAGAAUAAAUAUCACGCAGGUAUAACAAGAUAGAAAUUAAGAAAAAUAAUAGAACUAGAGAAAACAAGAAAACAGAUCAAAAAAAAUUUAAAAUAGGAUAAAUUUGUUCCAAAACCUUUUGA